UUUUGUAUCUAGUCCUGGUAUCUCAAAAAUUAUUUUCGGAAAAUCCCUUCUUUUUUCAAAAGAACACUGUUCUCUCAUUUUCCUAGUCCCCUUAAAAUCCCUUAAAACAAACAUUAAAUUUGCGGAAAACGAUUUGCGGACAAACAUUUGCGGACACCAACUAUGGAUAUUUUUUUCGCUUUUUCAGACCCCUUAGAAUUUUUUAAAAAAUUUUUAGAGUCAUGUUUUUGUUGUUUGAUGCCUUAAGUAUUAUUUUAUUUUGUCUCUCAUUUUUAUUUUAUUGAGCUUGUUUGUUCUUCUCCAACUAACUAGACUUUAUUACUGUAAAAUCAUUCUCUCUCAUUCAAUCCCUCACAUCCUUUUUUAUUUUAUUACAAGCAAAUAUUUAAUUCAAACAAAUAUUUAAUUCAUUUUCAGCCAAUUUUGAGGUUUUUUUGAAAAAUUAGAAAAAAAUUUGGGGUCCUCUCUUAAGACAAAAUUAAAUUUGCGGACAAACAUUUGCGGGACACCAUUUGCUGACACCAGCUUUAUGAAAUCGUGUAUAUGCUUAAGUUACCAAAAUUAGUAUGUAAAUACAUGCUCAAUACAGAUUCGACAGGACUCAAUGACCGAUCAUUUAAAAAUUUUUCAAUGCCAUUCAAUCUUGUCCGCAAAUGUUCCAAAAUGUCCGCAAAUGUCCAAAAAUGUCCGCAAAUGUCCAAAAAUGUCCGCAAAUGUACACAAAUGUCCGCAAAUGCCCGAAAGUGUCCAGAAUGUUCGCAAAUGCCCAAAAUGUCUGCAAUUGUCCAAAAUGCUGCAAAUGUCCGCAAAUAUCUAAAAGUGUCCGCAAAUGCACAAAAAUGUCCGCAACUGUCGUUGAGUCUUUCUUAUUUUAAUUUUUUAUUUUUCUGUUGUUGUAAAUAUGUAUUUAUGUAA